UGUUCCAUUGAGGUUCGGUUAAAUGAACUUUCAGUUUUAGUUUUCUGAAUCUGUGAUCGAUAUUCGUUCGGGUCCGCGAGCAUAAUCUAAGAAGCGAAUUUGUAUUUGAAUUUAAAAGACAAGUUGGACGGCCGACAACGUUGUCCAGCUGAUGCAUCUAGUUCGGAGUACCUUUGGCGUCGCAGUUGUCAAGACAACGAAAAUUCCGUGUUUCUAUUGGAUAGUGCCGCAUUUAAUUUGUUUUGCGGUGGUACCGGCAAAGGGGACAACUAGUGAUUUUCCUCUAAUUGACAUUAAUUAUAUUCAUAAUUUAUUGCUCAGUUCGUUUUCUAUUAUUGCGAUCAUUUCUGCUGAUCAAGGUACUGACAUAUUUGAAUAAUUAUUAUUGUUGGGAUAUUUUAGUUUUACCGUGUGGUUGUGUCAGUUAAUCCGUGGGUGCUGUGUAUGUGCACAACAAAAUUGAAUUAAAAACCUGUGAUGUAUCGAUCCAGUUGAGUGAUGGGGCCCAUUUGAUAUUCAAAUUUAUUGGACAUCAAGCGUAAGUGGUUUCGCCCCAUUUACUUCCAUUGUACGGUUCCACACUAAGAGCAGAUAGGAUGGGGCUUUAUAAGCAGUACUUCAAAUUAACUCAGCAUGCGUUGGGCAUCAAAAGAACUGAAAAUACCAAAAAUGGUAUAGCACUGCAAAUGCUCAUUUCGCAACCUAUUAGUCAUGGCCACCUGUCGAUUAUUAUUAUCGGACUUUUCACUUUGGCGAUGGGCAUAAUUUUGUCAUCAAUACCAUGGCUCGAUUAUAUAAUUCUUAAGAAUCUAAGGCUCAAGGAGGGCUCAAUAAGUUUCCAAUACUGGCAGAAGCCGGGAGUUAUUCGCCUUACAAGAGUGUAUAUAUUUAAUGUAACAAAUCCAGAUGGCUUUCUCAAGCAAGGAGAAAAGCCCAAAUUAAAAGAAGUUGGCCCAUUUGUAUAUAGAGAAGAUAUGGAGAAAGUCAACAUUAAGUUUCACGAUAAUGGAACCGUCUCUUACCAGCAGAAGAAAAUUCUAAAGUUUGUACCUGAAUUAAGUGUAGACAAAAAUCACAAGAUAACAGUACCAAAUAUUCCAUUAUUGACUUUGUCAUCGCAAUCUAAUAACUUGGGAUGGUUCGUUCAAAGAGCAAUUUCCGUCAUGUUAAGUAUGGGGUCACUGAAGCCUUUCGUAAAUAUCACUGCUGAUGAACUAGUUUUUGGAUAUGAUGAUAGCUUGGUUUCGUUAGCUCACCAGUUUUACCCUAAGAGGAAAAAGCCUCAGAACAAAAUGGGACUCUUGAUAACUAGGAAUGGAACAUUAUCUGAAGUACAAAAUAUAUAUACAGGUGACACCGAUAUGCAGGAAUUUGGACUCCUUGCCAGGAUAAAUGGUAGAGAAACGCUUCCCUAUUGGAGCGAUGCUCCGUGCAAUGAUUUGAGGGCCAGUGAGGGCUCAUUUUUUCCUCCUAGAUAUUUCACGAAUAAAGAUAUGGUGUACAUAUACGACAAAGACGUGUGUCGGACAUUUCCUAUGCAAUAUAGAGCUUCAGGCAGGAAACAUGGCCUUGACUACGACCUGUACACAUCUGCUGACAAUAUUUUUGACUCUGUAGACGAGAAUCCAGAAAAUAAAUGUUUUUGUCCAGGAAAUGAAUUCUGCCCACCGAAAGGUUUGCAGAACAUUAGUCCGUGUCAGUACGAUGCACCUGUAUAUCUGUCUUUUCCUCAUUUUCUUGAUGCUGAUCCUUCUCUCUCCGCAGCGGUUGAGGGUCUAAUUCCGAAAAGGGAAAUACAUGAAUCGUAUUUUAAAAUUCAACCGAAACUGGGUGUUCCUGUUGAAGGCAAAGUCAGAGUGCAGCUAAACUUGAGAGUUGAGCAGGCUCCCUUUAUAACUCCUGUUAAAAACUUCAAAACGAUCAUAUUCCCAGUGAUGUGGUUAGAAGAGGGAAUUGACGAAUUGACGCCACAAAUCAGACGUUGGAUGUAUUUGGCUACGACUUUUGCAGAAAUUGCAUGUCCACUUAUGACCUAUGGAUUUAUCUUCUUUGGCAGCUGUCUGAUAAUAGCCGUCUUCGUUAAUGCCUAUAAAUCUCUGGUGUUUACCAAGAAAAGCAUCGAAAUUGGAAUGAAAAACCUGCGUAGACGAAGUAGUGUUUUAAUCGCGGCACCCAACAGGUUUAUUACAAGAAGAGAAACUUACACACUGUUAGAUUUCCAAGAUGUAGACGCGGAUGGUGAAGUGUAGAUAGCUAUGUUAAACGCCUAGGAAAAAAUCGAAUUAAUAAUUUGAUUGUUUCAAUUUAGAAAUUCAAUACAUAUUUAAAUGGUUAGUUAAGAAAAAUAUUUUUGAAACAUUCCCAUUUGUGGUGCUGAACUGCCAAAAUGUAUAUCAUUGUUAACUGGCCCAUGACUCAAUAAAGGUGACUUUUACAAGGAAUCACUUUAUAAUAUUAACUAAUAUUCAAUAAACCCAGUGGUGGUUCAUCACUUGUGUUACUGUUACAAAAAGCUUUGCAAACAUUCGAAUAUGUAACAAACUAAAAAUGUCUUCUGUACAAAUUAUAAAAUGAUUCGGCUGAUUAAGACAUACUCAAACUCAACUCGUGGUGGAUGUUUAUUACAUUUGGUAAAUUAUACUUCGUUACUUUUCAAUUUCACCGUAUUUGUGCUGAUAUUGCCAAAACGGCAAACUUAAAAAAAAAUGUCUUAAGUUUUACGUAAUAUAUUUUGAAAAGUUAACAAAAUUAUACAUAUUGCGUUUUUAACCCCACUUUUAUAUUCAGUGAACAAAAUGAAUUCUUCCUGUAAAAUUAAGUUAAAAUUUGCACAAGUGAGCAUGCGUAUUUGAUAUCAUGAUUUUGUACUAACACAUUAACUAAUAUACCGGUUGUUUAAAAAACAUAUAAAGAAACCGUUUAUUGAUAUGAGAAAUUAUAAUAGCAUGCAUUGUUUGGCAAACAUUCUAUUGUGCCAAAUCCCCGUAUGUACAGCAAUCACUGCAUCACAGUAUAGUGUAAAAA